CUUUCCGGAACAAGAUGUCUGCUAUGGAAAAACAAGCUUUGAAAAACAAACUGGGAGGUUUACCACCAAUGCCACCACCUGGUGUAGGAGGCUAUGGGAAGAGACCAAUAGUGAGGAAAAGAGAUUAUACUCCAGUUUACUGGGAUCAUUAUUUUGAACAUGAGCAUGAUGUCAAAGUAGAAGGAAAUACUUUCAGAGUGUAUGAAUGUGGUAAGGAAGGACCAGUACUACUUUUUCUUCAUGGAGGAGGUUUCUCAGCCUUAUCAUGGGCCUUGGUCUCAAGUAAUAUAUCACAUUUAGUGACGUGCCGAUGUGCUGCUGUAGAUUUGAGAGGUCACGGAGACUCAGUUACAACAGAUGAUGGAGAUCUUAGUUCUGAAACAAUGUCUAGUGAUGUUGGCAAUAUAGUGAAGGCUUUAUAUGGAGAAGAUCCACCACCUAUUAUACUGGUAGGACACAGUAUGGGAGGUUCUAUAGCAGUAAACACAGCCUUCAGACACCUGAUUCCAUCUUUAAUUGGUCUGAUUGUCAUCGAUGUUGUUGAAGGAACAGCUUUGGAAGCAUUAACCAGUAUGCAGAGUUUUUUGAGAGGCAGGCCAGCUGUGUUUAAAUCUCUGGAACAUGCUAUUGAAUGGAGUGUAAGAGCAGGACAAAUAAGAAAUGUAGAAUCAGCCAAAGUUUCAAUGGUUGGUCAACUUAAAAGAUUAGACACAGCAGAAACAGCUACCUCACAACUUGAUCAUGAACACGAGAUGGAAGUUGUCACAUCAACAAGUGAUACAAUAGCUGAAGAGGACGAAGAGGAGGAUGGGGAAAGUCAAACAUCUAAAAAUAGCACAGACCGAUUACAAAGUACAGACAAAUUACCCUCAGACACAGCAGAAUCAUCUAAAAAACCACAGCAACACACAGAAAGUUUAAAAAAGCCUGAAAGUUGUACCAAAUAUACUUGGAGAAUAGAUUUAGGCAAAACAGAACCUUUUUGGAAAGGCUGGUUUCAAGGACUUUCAGAAAAGUUUUUAUCCUGUGAUUGUCCAAAAAUGUUAUUAUUAGCAGGGGUGGAUAGACUUGAUAAAGAACUUACCAUAGGUCAGAUGCAGGGAAAGUUCCAGAUGCAGGUUUUACCUCAGUGUGGUCAUGCUGUGCAUGAAGAUAGUCCAGAUAAGGUUGCAGAUGUCCUUGCCACAUUUAUGGUCAGAUAUAAAGUUGCUCAAGCUACUCAUAAUUUUGAAAGAGCAUUUCCAGGCUGUUGAAAACUGGAUAACAACAUUAAGAUUUCCUUAUGUAGAUAGGCAAUUACCAAGCAAUGCAGUUGGAAUUGCAUUCAUAAUUGUUACAGCAUGCAUGUGCCUUUUCAUGUUAUUAGGCAAUAAAAAAGCUUAGACAAAAUAAGAUAUAUGAUACCUCUGGUUAUAUCACAAAUAAACCAUUGGUGAUGUUUCAAUUUUGAAUUUGUUACAAAAAUAUUGCAAUGUGCAAAUGAUCAGUUGCAAUAGCUUUUUGUUAGCAUUUAUUAUGGUGAUUUGAGUAACACUGGUAUCACUCAGAUUACAUUUCUACCUUGACAGGUAAGUUUGUAUUUAGCCUAGGAAAUACUUAUUUAGCCUUGAGAAUUGAAAGGUCAGUUUAUCCCAUUCAUACAAUAGAAGUUUACCUAUGAGGCUCAGAAUGGGGUUUACAGAAUAGAGAAUACAUGUAAUAGCAACAAAAAAUAGAGAAAAGAGAAAAUGAACAACAAAAUAAAAUAUAGAGAAUACUGCGGUGCAAAAGUAUAAAGAAUAAAUGUGCAAAAUAACUUGAAAAGGUAACUUAGUAACUGUAAUGCAAUACUGAUAAUAUAAUGAUCAAUGUACAUAAUUGAUAAAUAUUCUUGUAACAGAAAGACUAUUUCGUAAAAUCAUUUUCAUGAACAUUUUACAGAAUGAGAGUUAUUUUUAAGGCUAUUAAACAUGUUAAUAGGAAAAUGCCAUAAAAAUUAAAAGAACACAGAUAUUAAAAAAAACCCAUGCAGGUCCUCAUGUCAUUUACAUUGUCAAUAUAUAGGACACAUCUAGUCAAACUGGUUUUAAACUAAACAUCUAGUCAAACUGGUUUGAUAUAACUGGUAGUUUAUUUCCCUAGUUGUAUAUUUUACAGUUACCUUAUGUGUUUGUGCUAAGAGUACAUUGUAAUGUCAUAUUUAUUGAUUUUCUGUUGGGACAUGACUUACAUUGUUAACAUGAAAAAUAGUGGCUUGAGAUUUCAACUGAUAUAAGAAUAAUAAACAAUGAUAAAUUUAUAUUACGAAUUUUAUAUCCUGGUUGAUCAUGUUUUUUUGGGACCAAGAUGUGUUCUUCAUUCUAGUUUAUAUUAUGAUUAUUUUAACCUUCAACAUUGUUCAAUGCACAUUUAAAGAUAGAAAAAUUGUCAGGUCUCAUUUAAAAUAUUUUGCAACUAAUUAAAAAUUUGUCAGAUUUGGUGUAAACUAAAUACAAGACAGUGUAAUAGAUAACCUGCAAGCAAAGUCUAUUUCAAUAACAGUCAAGCAGAUGGUUUUUUUUUUAUAUCUGAAAAACAAAAAUACCAUGUAAAGAAAUAUGCAAUUUAAAGGCCUUAAAUAACCCCUAAAAUUCAACAUUAACUGAUUUGUAACAAUUAAAUCAAGAUGAACAAAGUUUUAAGUAUUGGUCAGAAUAUAGUAUUCUUUUGUACAAUAUCACAACAACAAUAGAGUGACCUUAAUUUUGGACAAGGUAAAUGGCAUGAAGCCAAAUUUAUCAACUUCUAUUGUAUGAAUGAGAAACUGACCUUUCAAUUCUCAAGGCUAAAUAAGUAUUUUAUAAGCUAAAUACAAACUUACCUGUCAAGGUAGAAUUGCAAUCUGAGUGAUACCGGUGUUAUUCAAGUCACCAUAAACCUGUUUCCUCAAGAGGUAACACUCUGAGGUAACACACAGACAACAUUUUAAGUUUCUGUAAAGGGUAAGUUAGAAAAGGCUUAUCAUAUUAAUCUAAAUAAAUGUCCUUUAAGUAUUUUUGCUAGAAUCCAGAAUGAGUAUUUUUAAACUGAAAAACUAAACCCUAACUGGUUAUUAUAACCCUGCUUAGUAUGUAGUCGCAAUCUGUUAGGCAAAAGAUGUGUAGUUAUAUUACCAUGUUCCAUUCAUUUCAUUAUAUGAAUGUAAUUUGUUAACCAAGUAAUGGAAUUUGUGUGCAAAUAAAGUCUCAAUGUAUUACUAUUUUAUUGCAAAAUAAUUCUUUGUAAGCAGCCUGCAUAAACAAAAUAGAAUAUUUUUAUUCGGUUGUGCUUUUUUGUAGAACAUCCAUUUUGUCAUUUAUUUACUUUUGAUGAUGCUUAUGACAUACCUGUAUUUGAUUAUUUAUUAUUUGAAUGUAGAAAAUGAUUAAUCAAGUCAGUUUUG